UGGCUGCGGCCGGGUUGUUUCCGGUGGAGCCGCCGCGGAGCCGCUAUCGCAGAGUGGAGCAGGGCAGGGAGGGAAGUGCUGAGAGAACUCAGCAAGCCGCAGGCUCGCACUUGCAGUCCCGCGCCCUUCGCCGCCCGUCCACAGAGAACCAUGGCGUCUGGCAGCUCUGCCUCCAGCGAGGAGGAGCGCAGCCUCCGGGAAUGUGAGCUGUACGUGCAGAAGCACAACAUUCAGGCCCUGCUGAAAGAUUCUAUUGUGCAGUUGUGCACCGCCCGGCCGGAGAGACCCAUGGCAUUCCUCAGGGAAUACUUUGAGAGGCUGGAGAAGGAAGAGGCAAAACAGCUUCAGAAUCUGCAGAAAGUAAGCACUCGUGGAGAUUCGAGGGAGGAUGAAAUCUCUCCUCCUCCACCGAACCCUGUGGUGAAAGGCCGGAGACGACGCGGAGCCAUCAGUGCUGAAGUCUACACGGAGGAAGAUGCUGCAUCCUACGUGAGAAAGGUUAUACCAAAAGAUUAUAAGACAAUGGCUGCUUUAGCCAAGGCCAUUGAAAAGAAUGUGCUGUUUUCACAUCUUGAUGAUAAUGAGAGAAGUGAUAUUUUUGAUGCCAUGUUUCCAGUUUCCUUCAUUGCUGGAGAAACUGUUAUUCAACAAGGUGAUGAAGGUGAUAACUUCUAUGUGAUUGAUCAAGGAGAGAUGGAUGUCUAUGUCAACAAUGAAUGGGCAACCAGUGUUGGGGAAGGAGGGAGCUUUGGAGAACUUGCUCUGAUUUAUGGAACACCAAGAGCGGCCACUGUCAAAGCUAAGACAAAUGUGAAAUUGUGGGGCAUUGACCGUGACAGCUACAGAAGAAUCCUUAUGGGAAGCACUCUGAGGAAGCGGAAGAUGUAUGAGGAGUUUCUUAGUAAAGUUUCUAUUUUAGAAUCUCUGGACAAGUGGGAACGUCUGACAGUAGCCGAUGCCUUGGAACCGGUCCAGUUUGAAGACGGGCAGAAGAUUGUGGUGCAGGGAGAGCCAGGGGACGAGUUCUUCAUUAUUCUAGAGGGGUCAGCUGCUGUGCUGCAACGUAGGUCAGAAAAUGAAGAGUUUGUUGAAGUGGGAAGAUUGGGGCCUUCUGAUUAUUUUGGUGAAAUAGCACUGCUGAUGAACCGUCCUCGUGCCGCCACGGUGGUGGCUCGUGGCCCUUUGAAGUGCGUUAAGCUGGACCGACCUCGAUUUGAACGUGUCCUUGGCCCAUGCUCAGAUAUCCUCAAACGAAACAUCCAGCAGUACAACAGUUUCGUGUCACUGUCUGUCUGAGAUCUGCCUCCUGUGCCUCCCUUUCCUCCUCCCCCAGUCCACGCUUCACUCUCGCAGACGCUUUAUUUCCCCUAUUUGCAGCGCCACGUUGGCCACUGGCAUCGCAGCUUCUUGUCUGUUUAUAUUAAAAGUUGCUUUUGUUGCACCGUUUUUAAUUUGGAGCAUUAACUGAAUGCUCAUGUGAAAUAAAUAGAAGGAGUUCUACGGAGACUUUGCUGUGAUGCUUCUCUUUGUGCAGUGUUAGCAUUCAGCCUGGGCAGGACUGCCAUGCUUUCUGGUGAGGGCAGAUCCCUGCACUAGAUGAACUACCAGAGUAACAAGGUAACAGUGCAAGGUUUUUUUUUUUUAAGUGACGUAAUUUUCUAGUUAUCAUAAGCAUAUUUUAGACCGUGGCCAUAUAUGCUGUAUUUCUUUAUACAAUAAAUGAUUUCUCAGUAAGCUCUAAGAAUUAGGAAAAAUGGAUAUAAAAGAAUCUUAGAAAGAUAUCUGCCUGUAUUUAGAUUAAGGGUGGGAAAAUGCCCAUUUUUGCUAAUUAUCAGAUAGAUAUGAUCUGUUCCUUUUUUUUUUAACCAGAAUUUUUGUUUGUCAGGCUGAUUUGCCUGGUACUGUUGUUUCUUCUCCAGUUCUGAAAUACAUUCAGGUGUGGCUAUCUACACCUGCCUUUUGAGUUUGAAGCUAAAUCAUAAGCUGCAUAUAUUGCGUUAUGAUUUACCUACAUCUGCCUCAGCUCACAACUCCUGAUUAGACCUUUAUCCAGCUGCAGCUCGUGCCAAAUGAUCAUCAGAUGCUGGAUUGAGAGUAAGCAUUUGAGGUCUGCACUCUCGGUUCCUGACUUAGACCUUUGGGUUGGUGUACAUCUUUCUGUUGACUCCAGGAUAAUCUUCUGUGCUCGUUAAACACUGAUUCCAGAAGAUUGGAUUUGCUGAGAAUAGAUAGACUAGAGAUGG